AUGCUCAAAAUAGAAAGUACAGGACAACUUGGAGCAGCUAUAGUUGUUAGUGUUUGUGAGGAUGAACGAUCUGGAAAGCAAGCUUUAUCGUGUUUUUCUUUAAUUGUUCUUAUAAACUAUGUUGUUGAUUUCAUAAGAUAUGAAUUAGUAGUCAUGAUACUGUCAUUGAAAAAUGUUAUAGCUUGUGAUCAUGAAAGUGGUGGUAGUAAUGACGAUAUCGACAGUAUUGGUAGUGAUUGCAAUGAUAAUAUCAAAGACUUAUCACGUAGGCUGAAGUCACAGAAGUACAAAGUUUUGGAAGUGGAAAGUAGAAAGCCAGAGUAUACGGUACAGGAACCUAGCAUGCAUGUAGGAAGCGGAAAUAUGACUCUGGAUAGUGAAGAGAAUGAAAUAUUUCAGUUUGUUGAAUACGUUCUUAUAAACAAGCACUCUAAUGCUUUCCUAACUGUAGGUUGGAGUGGUAUUGUACACAUGGGCGUGGUUGACAUAUAA